UAAUCACACUCUCAAUUAAACAUAAUUUCUUCGCUCGAAAGAAUGAUCUAGACUCUCUCUCUCUUCGAAGCUUGGCGCUACAAGAUCGUAUUUUAGGGAUAUGGAUUCCUAAGCAUUUGCAUCUGGUUUUUACUCUUUUGUUAUUCUUAUUAUUAUGAAAGAAAAAAAUAUAAGGGAAUCAUUACAACUUUGCCAAGAGGACAGUUUAUACCUCGCGCCGUCGGAGUUGCUGUCGCUGGUGUUCGUUCGAGAUGGAUACUACCAGCGGAUAGCAACUGCCGCUGCCAGCAGACGAGCGAUGAAAAAGGCCGCCUGUGUCUAGCCGCCAAGUCAUCGUUCGGACGCUGGCGCCUCCCCACAGGUAAAAAGCUUCAAAGGCGCCCCGCCGCGUGGAGAUGCUUCUAGCGCCCGUCCAGGUGUGGACUCGGCAUGACAUGACAACUCACCUCCAUCAAUUCGUCCGCUACGGACCCCGACGCGGGAUCUCCUGUGGCAGCAAGCCACGACCACGCCGGACCACCGUGCUCCGCUACCGCUGCUGAAAGCGCGAAGCCUCGAACUCAAAGACACGGCUCAGCGAGAAGUCGUCCGCCCGCAGGCGCAGGGGAUCCCUCGUCUUAUCUCCUUGCUAUUACUCUGACACGAAACCUAUCCGCAAUAAACAAUCCGGCGGGCCGGCCGGACUGCCGGCCCCCUCUGCCGGUCGAGUCGGACGCCGGGAAGACGCUGAAGCACGGUGCUGCAGCCCAGCUCUCCCUUCACUAGCGCGAGUACUAGCGAGUGACCGCGGCUAUAAACUCCCCCGUCCCGUUGGGCACGCGCACAAAUCAUGUGUCACUCACCGACCGGACUUCCGUAAACGCCACCAAACCUCUGACCCUUCUCGGGGCCAAGGCCAAAGACGAGAGAGCACACGGCACGACACCAGCGCUUCCCCCACGUUCCGAGCGCCUCCCGUCGCGUCCCGUCCCGUCCUCCUUGCUCGCAUUCCGAGUUCCAGCCAGCCAGCCAGCCAGCCAACCAACUGAACCAACCACCGCUCCUUCUUCCUUCCUCCCCCCCUCGUCUCACCACCGAGAGCCUCCGAGAGCUGAGCUGCGAGAGAGGGAGGAAAAAAAAUAAUCCGACGGAAACGACAAGGGCGCGGCGAGGGCGGGGACGGGGAGGCCCUGCUGGGCGCGGGGGCGCCAAGCGCAUGGCGUCGUCGAGGGUGAUGCCGUCGUCCUCGCCGUCGCACACGGCCUCGGAUCUCGCGCGCCUGGCGCAGGCCGCCAGCAGGCCCGGCGGCGGCGGCGGCGGCAGCGGGCUGGGCUCCAUGAACGUGGAGGAGCUCCUCCGCGGCAUCUACGGCGAGAUGCCCACCCCGGCGCCGCCCGCGUCGGAGCCCGAACGCCCGAUGUCGCCGGCCCCGGCGCCGGAGAUCGCCACGCGGAAGACGGCGGAGCAGGUGUGGAAGGAGAUCACUGGCGGAGGUGCCACCGGGGAAGCCGUGGCUCCCGUGGCGGCUCAGGCUGCCGUACCUGCUGGCGCCGGAGGCGCCACCGGCGGCCCGGAGAUGACGCUGGAGGACUUCCUGGCCAGGGAGGGCGCGGUGAAGGACGAUGAGGUUAGGAUUUCGGGCCCCUCUGCGCCGGUCAUGGGGUUCCUGGGCGGAACGGAGGGCGUGGGUGUGCCUGGCGGCGGAGGCGGGAGGGGAAGGAAGCGGCAGCUUAUGGAUCCAGUGGAUCGCGCUGCGAUGCAGCGACAGAAACGAAUGAUCAAAAACCGCGAGUCUGCUGCCCGGUCACGGGAGAGGAAGCAGGCCUAUAUCGCCGAGCUAGAAUCGCUGGUAACGCAGCUCGAGGAGGAGAAUGCCGAGUUGUUGAGAGAACAGGAAGAGCGGCACCAGAAGCGGCUUAAAGAGCUCUUGGAACGAGUGACACCUGUCAUUCUGAGGAAAAAACCAUCACGAGAUCUUAGAAGAACGAACUCAAUGCAGUGGUAGAUUUGAGCCAAGCUCAGUCGCCGUCUCCUUACAGUUAUAACAUAGAAUUUGCCCUUGUAUGUCAUUUUUCUAUUUAUAUGCGCCAACUUAGUUGUAGUACCUUAGCUGAAAUAGCAUGGGCAAUUAGCCGACACAAAGCUUAAAUGAAAUCAUAUUAUGUAGGAGUGCUCAUGAGUCAUGACCAAGAAAGGUGGUUGUUCCUGUCUGGUCGUGUUUCAUUCUUCUUGGUUUGUUUUCUAUUUCUUGUCAAACCUGGCAAGUAAGUUUAGCAAGGAAGUGGACAGUCUUACUCCAAUAAGCAGGCUACUCGAAAUCAAACUGAAA